AUGAAUAAUCAGAAAAUUAUCAACAAUGUUUACAUUACAAAAAAAAGAAUAUCUGCAGGAUCAUUUGGAGUUGUAUAUUAAGGUUAAGAUAUUAAUACAAGAAAUUUUGUUGCUAUAAAGAUUGAUAAAGAAAAUAAAGAAGACUCAAGUUUAUUAAGAGAAGUAUUAAGAUUUUACUAUUUUAGGCAGAAAUUUUAAGAAGACUAUAACCUUUAUAACAUAUACCAAAAUUUUAUUGGGCUGGAAAAGACCAGGAAUCUUAUGUUCUUGUAAUACAACAUUUAGGAAGAGAUUUAACUCAUUACAUGAAGACUUUUAGAAAAUUCUCUUUGAAAUGUGUCCUUAAUGUAGCUGAAUAGAUGAUCAAUAUAUUAGAAAGUUUACAUAAGAAGUAUAUUGUUGAAAUAGUUUAGUAAAGUGUUGCAUAGAGAUAUAAAACCAGAAAAUGUUUUAGUUGGAAAAGAUGAUGAUGAGAGUCGAUUAUACAUUGUAGACUUUGGCAUAAGUAAGUUCUAUAAAGAUGAAAAUGAAUCUCAUAUGUAUCAAUCAAUUCAAUCUAAAUUAGAUCUUUUAGGGAAAAAUAACCAUUCAUAGGGACUACUAGAUAUGCUAGUAUCAAUGCUCAUAAAGGCUAUUCUUUAAGUAGAAGGGAUGAUAUGGAGUCACUUGGUUAUAUGUUGAUAUUUCUACUUAAAGGUAUAAAGAUUAAUUGAUAUAAUAACAAGGUUAAUUGCCAUGGUAAAAUUUAUAAUUCACCUCAGAAGAAAAUAAAAUUAAGUAAGUAGGCUAAAUGAAAAUGAAGAUGGAAGUAAGUGAAUUAUGUAAAGGAUUACCAAUUGAAUUUGGAAGAUAUUUAGAUUAUGUUAGAGGUUUACCUUUUAAAUCAGAACCAAAUUAUAAAUACUGUUAAUCUUUAUUUAGAAAAGUAUAAAAUGAACACAAUUAUUUACCAAAAGAAUUGGUUUUUGAUUGGAAUAUUUCUUAAAAAGGAGAAAAAGAAGGAUAAAGUACUAGUAGUAAUUUAUUCAAUAGUAAACCAUCUAUGUAUAAAGAUUACAUAAUAUUUUUAGAUUUAGAAAAACAAAGGAAGAUUUAUCAUCUAAUAAUAUUUUGGGAUCUUAAUUAAAUUAGUCUAUUGAAUAAGAGAUGAAUUCUUUAUUAAGGACUCCUGAAUAAAAAAAAUCUACUUUAACUCCAGAAAUUAAUCGUAAAAAGAAUAGAAUAUAAUCAAUAAGUAGUUUUAAUGAUACAAUUUCUGAUAUUGAUUUCAAUAAUAGUGUUUUAUUGGGAAUCUAACCUAGUAUUUUAAGUAGAUUGAGCAAGAUUUCUUUUAAUUCAAUUUCUAGAGUAAGAAAUAGUAAAUCUAAUCUUUCUUUGACUCCUGAGAUUAAAGCUUAAGAUAAAAUUUAAUAAAUAAAACGUGAUUCAUAUAUAGAAAAUAUAACAGGAGUAAAAAAACGUAAAUCUUAGCUUAGUUAUUCUUCUCGUCCUAGUCCUAGUAAAAGGGAUGAUGAAACAAUUUUAGAAUGUUCAAAAAUGA